AUCAUUGACGUUGAUGUCUGAACAACCACCUACGUUACCGCCAUUACCUACAUCAGAAGCUUUGUUCUCACCUAAGAAUUCACCAAAUUUGGAUACGAUUGGUAGUCCACCCGCUAGGAAUAACAAUAGUAAUCAGAAUGAACAGACUGUAGAUGAUGUAGCGGAUAUAGAACAAAUAUAUAAAGAUAAAGGCCUAAAAGAUGCCGCACAACGUGCUAUAGAAGUAUACAAGCGUAAAGAAGUAAAGAAGGUCGUUGUAAGGUUUAAAGCGAUAGGAGCUGCACCAAUUAUGAAGCAAAAUUAUUACAAAAUAUCAGAAUCUAAUAAAUUCUAUACCGUCAUACAAUUUCUUAGGAAGGAGUGUGGUUUAUCAAAUUCGAACUGUCCAAUUUUCUGUUAUAUUAAUAGUGCUUUUGCACCUACACCCGACGAUACAAUUGGAAACUUAUACAAAUGCUAUGGAACUGAAGGACAUUUGAUUGUUAAUUAUAGGUUUGUUUACUUUUCAAUAUCUUCUUUUGCUAACAAAAUCAAAAGUACAUCAGUUGCAUGGGGAUAAUGCUAUAAGUUGUACAUGUUUAAUUUUCUAUAUACCCAUACCCUCGCGAUAGUAGUUGUUAGCGACGAAAGGCAUUUUAACAACUUCAGCUUGGCGUUUACGACCUCUAAUAUCAACCAACACUUUUGUACCGAUAGAUGCGAAUUCUUUUGGCAGAUAUCCCAUAGCGAUAUUUUGAUUGAGAGUUGGCGAAGGUGCACCCGAAGUUACAUGACCGACCUUCUCUUCAUUAGUAUUCAAUAUUGAUGCAUUUUGUCUAGCCGCUGGACCUUUUUCAACGGUGAGACCAACACGUCUUUUUGACAUAUUAGCUAAUUUUAAUGAUGGUAUAACUUUACCCCAUCCUGGGAAUUUAGUUACUUGAUCCUCAGUCCUCCUAUCCUUGGCUAUUGUCCAUGCUAAUCCGGCUUCACCGACGGUAAGGUCAUUCUCCCAUAAAUCCUGAUAUUCGUCUUAAUAUUUGAUUAUAUGAAGAGGAAGACAUUACUUACGUUACCGUAUAAACACAAACCGGCUUCUAAACGAAGACUGUCUCUGGCACCCAAACCUAUUGGGAUUGUUGGGUUGCCAUCGGCGAGCAUGUCAGCUAUAGCUACAGCAUCUCUCUCCUCUACUGAAAUUUCAAAACCGUCUUCACCUGUGUAACCACUUCUAGCAAUGUGUACGUUUGCACCACCACUUAAUCUGAGAUUUUGACUGACGUUGCCAAAAUAAAGUUCCUUAAGUGAUGUUUCAGAAUGUCUAGCGAGAACUUCUGCAGCUUUCGGUCCUUGUAACGCUAACAAAGCUUGUUUCUUAGAUUCUAAAUAAUCAAUGCUGAUACUUUCUCCAGUUUCAUCUUGGUAUCUUCCUUGCUGGUUGGUUAACCAAUUUGCAACUUCUUUCGAUCUAGCUGCGUUUGUAACUAAAUACCAAGAUUCAUCUGACCAUUUAGUAAGUAUACAGUCAUCAACUAUACCGCCUUCCUCGGUUAAUAUGAGGCUGUAUGACCCUGUGUUGGUCAGCUGGUUGUAAGAUACCGGUAAGAUGGAAUGUAUGAAGUUCGAUGAUUUUGGUUGUUUUAAGCUGUAUUUUUGUGUCAAGUAUGAGUGUCUAUUUGUUC